AUGCUACUAAGCAACUACAUUAUCGGGACCCUAUUCAUAGCUGAAGUUCUAUCACACAGCAUCAUCAGCAACGACACAUUUGUACAACAAUCACACCAUCAUAAACACGACAAAAGCGACCGCAAUGACAAUCGGUUAUACUCGAAAACAACCAGCAACCAACACACUUCUGCUAAAAAGGGCCUCACCAACAUCCAUCGUUACUCCGAACAGAAAUCAUCCAUAUCAAAAACAAAUGGUUCUGACAACGAUGACGACGAUGAUGAAGAUAAUGAAGUGAAUGCUCAGGGCAAGGAGAUGAUUGUUGGAAAAAUCAAGCAAGGGAUCGCGAAGAAGAAAGAAGUUCUUCGAAAGAAGAAGGAGAAAAUUGGCGAGAAGAAGGAGAAACUAGAAGAGAAAAAGAGUGAAAAGAAAGAGAAGGCUAAGGAGAAGGCUAAGGAGAAGGCCAAGGCUAAGAAACAACGGAAGAAGGAGAAAAUGAUAAAAAAGAAGGAGAAAAUGACUAAAAAGAAGGAGAGCCUCAAAAACAAGAAGGAGAGCCUCAAAGACAAGAAGGAGAUGUUGAAGGAAAAAAAGAAAGAGCUCAAGUCCAAGAAGAAGAACGGUAAAAAGGUGAAAGGUGGUGGUGGUGAUGACAAGGACAUUGACGAUGAAGAUGAAGAAGAUGCUCAGUAUAUUAAAGUAGUGACGUUGGGCAAGAACCUGGGUAAAGUCCAAAAUAGUAAACUGAUCCAGCGUGAAAAGAGUAAAGAUGGAUGGGAAGUCAGCGCCGGGGUAUUUUUGGAAAAAGGGUUGAAUCCCAAAUUGGUGAGUUGUUCAGAUUCUUCAGAUGGAUCUUCGAGUGGUGGACGCAAAAAGAAGUUUUUGAUUUUCUCCUAUGAGAAUGGUACUGUUGCUGAGGACGAUUUUGAAAUUGCUGGGAUUAAGAACCUACUGAUGUUGGCCAACACUUCCAUGUUUCGAGCAUGGAAAUACGCAAGUGAAGAUGAAGGAGAAGAUGGAGAUGACUCUGAGGAAGACGAAUUGGUGAUUGAGUUUCAGAAAGCGCAUCAGCAUCAGCAACAGCAGAAAUUGGAGUCGAGUGCUGCUGGAUGCUGGGCCGAGUUUAUCACUGCGUUGAAUUCAAUGCUGCAAAUUACUCUAUUGUUGUUUUUUUGUAUUAUAGUCAUGAAUUGA